AUGGCUAAUACAAUCAUUCUUCCUUACACUAUCAUUACAAGUCCUCAUACGUCCAAGCGACGACACUGGCGUCGUUAUACGACCACCACAACUGCCUAUUCUCAUCAAAAGCAGCAAUCCUCAUUGACACAUUUUGUACAUAAUUCCACAUCUCAUCUACCUGAUAUUGUCAAUGAUUGUCAAAAUCGACAAGAGAAUUUAAAUCAUACCAAUGAAGAAAUCAAAUUAACCUGCAAACAAAUUGCACAUUCCUUGCGACUUGUCGCUGAUCAAGUUGAUCAUAAAUAUUGUCAAGAUGCCGAUUUUAAUCGAAAUCUUAAUUACUUAUCCGUACGCUUCAUAUUCCAUCCAGCACACAUGCGAACCAUUCUUUAUACAUUAUGGACGCGAUCAUUUCUACCAUUGAUCCUACUGGUUUUCAACACAAAAACAUUCUUUUAA